GGAGCAUACAAUCUCUGAGCUUCACUUCGUAACUAUUUAGAUGAACCAGACUUCAUGGACAUUCAAAUCUUUUCGAGACCUUCUACUGAAAUGCGUUGCGGAGAGAGAUCUCUUCACAGGGAAAACCCUACACGCUCGCUACCUGAAAUCCCUCGUAGCUUCUUCCACUUACCUCUCAAACCACUUCGUCAACCUCUACUCCAAAUGUGGACGACUCUCCUGCGCGCGAGCCGCUUUCGACUCCACGGAACAACCCAAUGUCUUCUCUUACAACGUAAUCGUCAAAGCAUACGCGAAAGAUUCCAAAAUCCAUAUUGCACGGCAGCUGUUCGACGAAAUUCCACAACCAGACACGGUUUCUUACAACACCCUAAUCUCCGGCUACGCUGAUGCUAGAGAAACUGUCUCUGCGAUGGUCUUGUUCAAGAGGAUGAGAGAGCUGAGUUUUGAGGUUGAUGGGUUUACGUUAUCAGGGUUGAUAGCAGCUUGUUGUGACCGAGUCGAGUUGAUAAUGCAGCUUCACUGUUUCGCUGUGUCGGGUGGGUUUGAUUCUUACUCCUCUGUGAACAAUGCUUUCAUUUCGUAUUACAGUAAAGGAGGGCUUUUGAGAGAGGCUGUGUCGGUGUUUUAUGGGAUGGGUGAGUUAAGAGAUGAAGUUUCAUGGAACUCGAUGAUUGUGGCUUACGGGCAGCACAAGGAAGGAGCUAAGGCUUUAGCUUUGUAUAGAGAAAUGAUCUUGAAAGGGUUCAGAAUCGAUAUGUAUACAUUGGCAAGUGUUUUGAAUGCUCUCACAAGCUUAAAUGAUCUGAUGGGUGGACGUCAGUUUCACUGUAAGCUGAUCAAAGCUGGAUUUCACCAAAACUCACAUGUAGGAAGUGGUUUGAUCGAUUUCUACUCGAAGUGUGGAGGUCUUAACGGUAUGUCUGAUGCAGAGAAGGUGUUCCAAGAAAUUCUAUCUCCGGAUUUGGUUAUCUGGAACACGAUGAUAUCAGGGUAUUCAAUGAACGAAGAACUCUCUGAAGAAGCUGUGAGGAGUUUUAGACAGAUGCAACGUAUAGGACAUAGACCUGACGACUGCAGUUUCGUCUGUGUCACAAGUGCUUGCUCGAAUCUAUGCUCUACUUCUCAAGGUAAGCAGAUUCAUGGCUUGGCGAUCAAGUCACACAUCCCUUGGAACCGAAUCUCUGUGAACAACUCUUUGAUCUCCAUGUAUUACGAGAAUGGUAACCUGCAAGACGCUAGGCGAGUGUUUGAUCGUAUGCCAGAGGUUAAUGCUGUAACCUACAACUGUAUGAUCAAAGGCUAUGCACAGCACGGGCGUGUGACAGAGGCUUUGCUUUUGUACCAAAAGAUGCUUGACUCUGGUAUUGCGCCUAACAAUAUAACCUUUGUAGCCGUUCUUUCUGCUUGUGUGCACUCUGGUAAAGUCGCCGAGGGUCAAGAAUACUUCAACACCAUGAAGGAAAGGUUCAAGAUUGAACCAGAAGCUGAGCACUAUUCUUGCAUGAUUGAUCUUCUGGGAAGAGCAGGGAAGCUAGAAGAGGCAGAGAGAUUCUUAGACUCAAUGCCGUUUAAGGCAGGCCCUGUUGCGUGGGCCGCUUUGCUCAACGCUUGUAGAAAACACAAAAACAUAGUUCUUGCUGAAAGAGCAGCAAAUGAGCUUAUGGCGAUGAAACCUAACGCUGACACACCGUAUGUGAUGCUAGCAAACAUGUAUGCAGAUGCAGGGAGAUGGGAAGAGAUGGCGGCAGUGAGGAAACUAAUGAGGUCGAGAAGGAUAAGGAAGAAGCCAGGGUGUAGUUGGAUAGAAGUAAAGAAGAAGGAACAUGUGUUUGUGGCGGAAGAUUGGUCUCACCCAAUGAUACGUGAAGUGUGUGAGUACCUAGAGGAGAUGAUGAAGAAGAUGAGGGAGCUUGGGUAUGUGAUGGAUAAGAGAUGGGCAAUGGUGAAGGUGGAUGAGGCAGGGGAAGGUGAAGAAGAGAUGAGGUUAGGACAUCACAGCGAGAAGCUAGCCGUGGCUUUCGGGUUGAUGUCGACAGGACAUGGAGAGGAGAUAGUUGUGAAGAAGAAUCUGAGGAUAUGUGGAGAUUGUCACAAUGCGAUCAAAUUCAUGUCUGAGGUUACAGGAAGAGAGAUCACUGUAAGGGAUAACCUUAGGUUCCAUUGCUUUAAAGAUGGCAAGUGUUCAUGUGGGGAUUAUUGGUAA